AUGGAUGGAAGGGAAGGGAUGGCAUUACACGGUUCAGCUUCAUAUUACCUCAAUAGAGGAGGCAUUGGUGGGUCUGGUGGUUCAGGGUCUGGUCCUAAUGCUCCGGCCGGUGGCGGGUUGGGGCCACAGACUGGUGGGUUCCACACCCCUUCCGGUUUCAAGACGUCUUCAGUUCCCAACUUCUCACUGCAGCCCAAUGCAGGGGUCAGUGGUGGUUCUGUGAGUGGCUCAACAUUCCAUGUUGAGACAUCCAGUUUUCCUGAUGCAAUAAGCACGGCUGCAGCCUCUAGUGUGACUCCGGGUACUGAUUCAGGGAAGAAGAAGAGGGGUAGGCCCAGGAAAUAUGGUCCUGAUGGGGCUAAUAUGUCUUUAGCAUUGUCCCCUUUGUCUAGUUCCUCGCCUUCGUCAGGGGAAAAGCGCAGAGGGAGACCUCCAGGGACUGGAUGGAAACAGAAACUUGCCCCUCUUGGUGAAUGGAUGAACAGCUCAGCUGGACUAGCUUUUACACCUCAUGUCUUGCACAUAGGAAGUGAAGAGGAUAUUGCGGCCAAAGUACUGGCAUUUGCACAACAGAGACCGAGAGCUUUAUGCAUCUUAUCAGCUAAUGGAUCGGUUUCCUCAGUAACACUACGCCAACCUACAACUUCUGGCGGUACUAUCACAUACGAGGGCCGUUUUGAGAUACUAUGUUUGUCAGGUUCUUACUUGGUUUCCGAAAGUGGUGGUCGCAAUCGGACAGGUGGUAUUAGCAUUUCAGUUUGUAGUCCUGAUGGACAUAUUUUUGGGGGUGCCAUAGGUGGUCAGCUCAUAGCAGCAAGCCCCGUGCAGGUCGUUGUAUCCAGUUUUGUGUAUGGUGGUUCUAAGGCAAAGAGCAAUACAGAGUUCGAAUCACAAGAUGAAAAAAAUCCAGCCGACCAGUCUGUUAAGAAAUCUUCAACACCAGUUAGUGCUGCUCCUGGUCAAAACUUCGCUCCUAAUUCUGCAACUGGCAUUUGGCCAUCAGGCUCACGGCCUGAUGUGAAAAAUCCUCAAUCUGAUAUUGACUUGAUGCGCGGGUGA